GUUCAACCGAAGACAAAGAAUUUACAUCGGACGAGAAAGAGUUGGUUGUCACAAUGGGUUUUGGUGAUUUUACUGUGGUUAUUGAGCCACACCAACCCGUGUAUUUCAGUGAACAAGUUGUGCAAGGUUAUGUUAAAGUUGUUUUAGAAGAACCAGUUCCUUGUAGAGGUAUUAAAGUGACGUGCAAAGGUGUAGGCAAAGUGUCGUGGUCUGAAAAACGUGGAAAGACAAGAGUAACAUAUUCUGCAUCAGAAGAAUAUUUCCGUGAAACCCUUGACAUUUGGUCUGGUGAUGACACGGAUGAGACGUUCCCUGCUGGCGAACACACAUUCCCCUUCGCCUUCCAGAUCCCUAAGGACAUCCCAUCCUCUUUUGAGUCGGAGAUUGGCAAAGUGAGGUAUCAGGUCAAGGCUGUGGCUGACAGACCGUGGCAGAUUGAUGACUCAUCCAAAGCAGUUUUUUCAGUCAACCACCUCUAUGAUCUGAGUUCUGACAGCAGUGCAUUGUUACCAAUAAACAAUGAACGAGAAAAAUCCAUUCGUUGCUGCUGUGUCAGGUGGGGACCCAUCUCACUGACACUGGGGGUAGAGAGGAGAGGCUACGUUGGAGGGGAGAAUUUGGUUAUCAAUGGGGAGAUUGUGAACAACAGUGGGUCCACCAUCAAGUACACUGAGGCCAAAAUUGUACAGAACAUCAGCUACAUCACCAACUCCAAAAUAAAGACAGUAUGCCACACAGUGCAACGCGUCUACCGCCCACAGAUUCAGAAUGGGGGAACUGAUGAGUGGUCAGGUGUUGCUCUCCCUGUGCCUGCAGUCACAGCCAGCCAUCUCAUGCACUGUAACAUCAUUGAUGUGAAGUAUUUGUUGAUUUUUGAAGCUAAACUCGGGACAUGCAGAACAGCAAAGAUUACAGAGAAUAUCAUCAUAGGGUCUAUCCCACUGCCAGGCACAAUUGUCGCUUCUGAUACAUCUGUUGAGGCUGGCGGCACAGUCCUAGCUAGCACCAUAAGCGAUGGAAACUCCCCAAGUUUUGUGCAGUCUAGCCAUCCAGGUCAAGGAAGGCAUGGUGAUAAUCCUCCUUCGUACAACAGGAUCGUGAUGCCUGAGGAGUAUGCAAAUAUCCCCCCACCUUCCUAUGAGUCCUGCAUCUUUGGUGGUGGACAGCAGAGUAUGUUUGAUAAUGACAGCGACAAUGAUGAGGGUGGCUUUGCCCCACAUUACAUCACAUACAGAAGAAACUGAACAAAUUUUCACACUAUAGGCAAGUAUGAACAUCCCUGGUUGCUAUCUUGUAUAAAUGUUUGUCUGUUAAGUCUUUUAUACAGAGAUUUUAGAUUAUUUUUACACAUGAUUUGUUAUUUUAAUGCCAGAUACUUGAAAGUUUAGUGGUUGUUAUGUUUAUUAGACUGGUUAUUACAUUUUAAUCAUCAUUUCCUGUAGAAAUGAAUGAUUUUCUAUUUGGAUUUUUAAUUUUUAAUUGCUCUGAUUCUGCAAGGGGACAAAGCUUGCUAGUGUGUGUCUGUGUGUAAAAAAAAUAUACUGAAACUAUAUUAGAUUUGAUAUUUUGUAUAUUGAUGAAGAGCCAUCUAUUGAUUGGUUAAGUUUGUUUCAUUGAUAGCAGAUCAGAAAAGAACACUGCUAGUUCAUAUAGAUAUAAAUAUAAAUAAAUAUUUUUUUAUUAUAGUUAUUUACUGCAUAUUUGAUAGGGAUGAGCUUUAGAUGCAUCUGAUUUUAUUACCUUUGCAGAGUAAGGUACAGUGUUAAAAAUUAAGUAUUAAUUUCAUAUAUUUAUGAACCCUCUUUUACUUGAAAGUUUUAAGUGUUUCUGUGUUGUUUACCUAAUAGCCCCUGAGGGCUAGCACAAGAUGUUGGCAACUUGCAUGCAAGAAACUAUUAAUUAUUAAACUUAAUUAUUGGCAUAGCAAUAAUGCCAUAUGUAUCGUAUGUCUCUGCAGGACCGUAAGGGAAAUAAUGUCUGCAUCACAUGUAAAGACCACUAUUCCAUAAUUUGUGCAACAGGAUCAGUUUUGAUCUUUGGUGUUCCUACAGCUCAGAUUUACACAUGUACAUGCCAUAUAUUACAAGAGGCAGGAGUAAUACUUGGAGGCACUAGUAUAAUUGGUUUAAAGAGACAAAAGGUUGCAGAGGGUAUGAGGGAAUUUAGGUGUCCAUGCCAUUCUUUUAUGCUUACUGUAUUCCUUCACUCAUCAAGAGAGAAUCUUGGAGGGUCUUUUUUUGUUAGUUUAGGGAGAUGAAGUAUUACUGUGGCAUCCCAGCCGAAUUGUUAAAGGCUGGUGGAGAACCUAUGGCAUGCAGUCCUGUCUGCCAUCUGGCAGACUGGUACCUUUCCCCCUGACCUGCUGAGGGGUGUGGU